GUGAUGUGAUUGUGAAGUCCAACUAUUGUCAACCUACCAACUUCCAUAUUUCUCAACGUUUCAUUCAGCUUGGAGCGCAUGUACUGCCUGUUCCUCAUUUCCAAAGCUAUAUCCAGUUUGUCCCUAAUUUGCCACCUUACCUUUACCUGACCACCCUCACUUUGCCGCGAUGAACCAAGCCAGUCCGCAGGGGCAACAGGCCCAAAAUAACUCUCAAGCAGCGCAGCUGGCUGCUUCCCAACGGGUGGCACAAGUGACCCUCUACAAGCCUGACCAGAUGCGCAGCAUUACCUACCUGACGGACGAAGAAAAACUGAAGUACGAGCGGGGCCUGGCUCAGCUGUGGCAGAUGCAUGAUGGAUACCCCGCCGGAUCGCCCAAGAACAACGAAGCAAAGAAGAAGAUCUUGGACUUUGGCAAGAUGCUCACAUCAAAGAUACAACAACGACGGCAAUUCCAAAUGCAACAGCAGCAGCAAGCGGCCCAACAGCAGAGGCAGGCUGCUGGGCAGCCCCAGGGCAACCCAACAGCACCGGCGGGAGCCACAGGUCAACAAACAAUGCAAAGUCCUGGAACAGGCGUCGCUGCGAGUGGAGGGAACGCACCCCAAGCAACCCCUGCGGCAACAGCGGCAACAGUGGCAGGGCCGACAGUGAGCACCAAUGCCGGCGUUGGAGCCAGCCAAGCACCUCAGCAAACAAAGGUCCCCGACCAUAUUGUCAACCACCUGAGCCAGAUGAACUUCCAUAUCCUGGCCCCGGCACAGGCCACCGACAAAGCCAAGUGGGCUGUGGAGAUGAGAACGAAAUAUACACGGGGUCUAUUGACGAUGGAGUCGACCCGGCAGAAUAUGGCGAAGUUGGAUCAGAGCAUCAAGGAGCGGACUGAUAAGGGGAAUCCACUCUCCCCAGAGGAGCAAAAGAGUGUUGUAGAGAAAAAGGCCCAGUUGCAGAAAGCCUAUUCCGACGCCCUCAAGUUUGUGGAUAGCAUCCGGAAGCAGCUGGCUGCAGCACAGCAGAAGCAACAAUCAAAUGGGGCAGCCACGACCCAAGGGGCCCAAGGGGCCCAGACAGGGCCUGGAGUGAAUCCAAGCAACCCGAUGCAGAGUUCAACGGCCACGGUGAAUGCCGCGAUCGAGGCUGCAAAGAAUCAACAACUUGCUGCAGCCGGACGAAUGCCAGGUCCUCAGCAAGGACAGCAAGGACAAGGACAACCGGCGCCGGUACAACCUCCCAAUUCUCAGGCACAAUCACCCCCAGUCUCUCAAGGGUCGAUGUCUUCUACCACUCAAGCCCCAGGCCCACAAGGGCAACAAACUACGACUAGGCAGCCUACGACUCAGCAGCAGCCUCGGGUUAUAAAAACCGAGCCAGGAACGCAGCCCGCGUCAAAUCCAAUUCCUACCUUAAACACCUCAAUGGCGUCCGCCGCAUCUAGUGUCCCUUCCGCAAACACCCCCACUCAAGGUUCUGCGCGCGUGCAGACUCCUCAAUCGUCCACCCCAACCAACGGCGCACCACGAGCCCUCUCUCAUACGGCCGCCCUUACUCUCGCAAACCAGCGCACUGGUUCAGUAUCUAUGCCUGGACAGCCAGGGCAAGCCCCAAGUGUUGGAAGUGGCCAAGCCUCUGGAGCCGGAGUCAUGAACCCAUCGCAGCAGGGCCACCCCCACGCCCAUCCGCCUCAGCCCACUGGUCAGACCCUGCAAUCUAAGCUGCCCAUCCCCAAAAUACUCCCCGAGAAAGCCACGCAGAUUCCCAACCCAGUCUCCAUGACUGGAUCCGGACCUGGAUACGGUCGACCCACCUACAGCGGCGGAAGCGGCCUUGCCGGAGGCGUCAUGGGCCAACCCGCCCUGCCAAAGACGCCCGGCUACCAGCUCGAAGGGGAGGGUGAGCGCGUCCUGAACAAGAAGAAGCUUGACGAGUUGGUGAGACAAGUCUGCGGUGGCACCGCCGAAGGACAGGAGGGUAACUUGUUGGCACCCGAAGUUGAGGAAUCUGUCCUCAACUUGGCCGAUUCUUUCGUCGACAACGUUCUACAGACUGCCUGCCGCAACUCCAAAGAGCGUGGCUCGAAGGUUCUCGAGAUUCGUGACAUCCAACUUGUCCUCGAGCGGACCUACAACAUCCGCAUUCCAGGUUACUCGAGCGACGAGCUGCGCACCGUACGCAAGGUCCAACCUUCGGCAGCCUGGAUCACCAAGAUGAGCGCUGUCCAGGCGGCAAAGGUCAUGCCAGGCAAAGGGGACCCAUAGAGGGUCUCCCUGUUGCUGGCGCGCCCAGCAGCAUUUGGGAAUUAGAAUGGCGUUUAGGCUCGGGACUGGAAUUAAGGAUCGCCUCAGAGUGAAGUUAUUCUGACAAUUGCUCAGUAUUUUUUCCCCAUGGUUGGCUGGAGUUUGGCCCAGGUAUGAGCAACCAAGGACGGCAUUAGUUAUGAUUUCCCUUUUCCCCCCGCAGACAGUCGGCAGACGAUAGUCUUUACAGGGAUUUAAUAGAAACGGAGUGCCUUGCAGCUAGCCUGCCCCGUCAUGCUGGCAUCUUUGUGCAAAUGAAUUUGCGUAUCGACUAAGUCUAUUCUAACCUCCCAGGUAAUCCUCAUUAUCCAAGUAUGGGCACCACACUAGGUAGGGCAGCAAGGGAGAUUGGAGGGAAGUUCUAGGAAAGCAUUCUUAGUGGCCAG